CGAAGUUGAGCCACGAGGACUAAACUAAUCAUACUAAACUAAACUCAGUGGAUCUCUGUGGAAUUCUUCAAGGACAAAGGCUUCAUGCGCAUCCGGCAUGGGAUAUGUUGCUGAGCGAAGGACCCUGAUGUUGGGUGGUAAAGUUAGAUAGAUCAAUCCCAAGCAGUGAAGGAUCAUCUAUCUUGCAUCAGCUCACCGUUGACAAGAGAAUCACAGUACGACCACAUUCAACAGCCUGCAGGAUAACCUGUUCCAUUCAACCUUGCGGACACUUUGAGAUGUGUAAAAUCCAACAUCGAACCAACUUCUUUGUUCUAGAUGACUCCUCUGUGAAGUUUUCAGAGCUUUCCCGCACUCUUCACCCACACAGCCACUCCUCCUUUUCACUCGCACCAAGUUGCACCUCGUGCCACCUGGCCGCCCAGCAGCUGUGAGCAAUGCCUGGCCCUGCUGAGGCGAAUGACCACCCUCAAGCGGGUCCGUCUUGGGAAGUGUCCGGAGCCCCUGAAACAGGGCGCCAUCUCCACGGCCAGAGAGGAAGAAUGCCCAGAAAAAACCGAGCUUUUUGGUGGGGCUUCUGCCCUGAACUUCCAAUCUCUCAUUUUUUCCCCACCUGGCAGUCAUAAUCCACUGCUUUGCCGCAAAAGGGGUAAAAUGAGUCAUGACUGGACUCUUUGAAACCAUACAGAAAAGCCUACUUUGGCCAGCUCGUGGCCUCUUGAACGUUGGAAAACCGCUUGGAGCAACGGAUCCUGGAGCCCGGCAGCGCACGACUUCGGUGCAGUUCUUUUGGUGAGAACGGUCACAGCAGCGCCAUGAGCGUUUCGUUGGGCUUGCUUCGCGCGGAUGAAACGACCGACGAGAUUCCUUGGCUGUCAGAAAGCGGUGUAGACUUUGGCGCACCCUUUCGGCCGUUCUCAGGUUUUGUUGGGCAAGAAAGGGUCCGUUCGGCUGCGAGGAGAACGGGCCUUUUCUGCACCAGAACUGGCCAGGAACCGGCCGCUGGAAUUGAACAUCUAUUCGAAAGUGUUUUUUGAGACACCAUGCACCUGCUACCUUGGUUCCAAGCAACGGAGCCUUGGGGGUUCGAGGAUAUCGCUGAAGAAGAAUCCUUUGAGACUCAUCCUCGAGGGGAUUCCCACCUUGUUGUUCCGGCUUUUGUGAGGUGAACAGCGCGGGUGACGCGUGACUCCACCGUGGUAAACCCCUUUUUCGAGUCGAGGCGGUGCUUGUCUCAAGAAGCACGAGAAGCUGAGCUGAAGGGUGUGGAGGAUGCAGUAGCUUGUGGAGGGUUGUGGCUCACCACUUGUCAGAAAUGGAUGGAGUUGGAGGAGAACCCUUUCGAGUAAAGAUUCGAUGUAACUACUGUAAAUAGGCUUCGCAUGAAAAAACAACACCAUACACUGCUCACAGCAGUAGGAUCUAAACUCUAAACCACCUGGGCAUUGCCAACAACGACGGUCCUUCUGCGGGGUUUGGCGUCGCAGAGCUCUCCUUAAGCCCCUCCAGUGGGAAGGUGGCUGUCUAGGGCUUUGUAGCCUGCUCGAUGAGACGGGUCGACGGGGCGGGGCGGCACCUUGAGGAUGCCUCUGUGUGGCCUCCUGCGUCCCGUCCUGUGCCUGUCCUGUCGUGAAGACAAGCACCUCAACAGGUGAGACAAACCCCACCUUUUUGGACCGACAGCCUUGUCUAAGCUGCCAUGCCAGACUACGUGCGGACGAAGACAGACGGGGUGAAGCAUCUCUGCCGAUCAUGAUUGCGUGACCGUGUACUGUCUCACACUUUGCAUACCAGUGCAUGUUAGGCUGGAGCCCAAGAACUUGAUUCCAAAGUUUUCUAGGUCUCUUUUGCCCGCCUACAGUUUGGUAUCAGAAGCAGCUGACAGGAAAGAGAGCAAGGUAGUCACUGGCUCCUCUCUUUGCUGCAAUGCAAGCCGACUUGUCGCAAGACAGAGGCUCUUGUUGAUCAGCGAGAUGCUACUUUCCAAGCUUUGCGUCCUUGUUUCCAGGCAUUUUUUAGAAGAUUGCAUGAUUCAUCCAGAAUCUUUGGGUUGUUUCUCGGUCGAUUAAAUAGUCCCUCGCGUUAACAUUCCUUGCUUCAGCUGUCACUGCUGAACAGCAUUCUGAGCUCGCCGAAGUCACCAGAGCCGACGGCGAACGUGCCCAAUCAGCAGCCUCCCGAGGCUCUCUGUGAACAUUCCGUUUCAAGGUUGCCAGCAGACCAAAUCCAACCAUUCUUGGCCGAGUCUGUUGCUUGUUGGCCUUCAAGAUCUUCUUUUUCCAUCGUUUUUUCGGAGGCAAAUCGAUGACCGUCUGGGCUGUUUGCACCGGCCCAGAUCUUGGUGGCUGACACCGUCUUGGCUCCCGCGCCCGCGGGCAACGUUCGGACCGGCGUGCGUCGCCCGGUCACCGGUUCGGUCGAGUCGCUGCCUGCGCUGCACUGCACUGAGAUUUUCAGACGGAACGGCACGAAGUGGUCCUGUCCCAGUUGGCACGAAGUGGUGUAGCUUUCCAAGUCUGUGCCCGUGGCGCAUGUUCUCCGUGACAGGGGAACAACAAGAAGCUGGCUCCGAGGUGUUCUUAGCACUGGUCCUUCUGCGUGUACUGUCUUGAGCAUGGUGUGUACUGUUUGUCAUGUUUGUCGACCCUGGCAGAUACCGUUGAAAGAUUCGAUGUCACAUCCAACACAUCCAACGAUAUCCAACGUGCCUUGUUUCGAUGUCCAACCCGGUUGCCUUCCUGGAAUGACCUCCAAAAGACUGGUGUAAGUAGUCAGUGUAAAUUCAUGUAAAUUCCUUAAGUAAAACAAUGGUUGUUCGGUAAAGAUCCUUAAAUCGCUUGUUGGAAGCCGGAUCGGGUCCGCAUCGUGUGAAGCUCGCAGAGCUUCGCCUUGCGGGAUUUCGCGGAAGUGAAGCUCAUCACGAGACACAGUUGGGACGCAAGUCUUUGAGCUCGUUCUUUUUCGCAAAGGACCACCCCUUUGGAGUGAAGGGAUCAAUCAAGUAGAUUGCCUUCACCGGACAUGUAUUAGAGAAUACACGCCUCGGUGUGGCAUCUUGCCCUCUUUAGGCCGUUAGCAUCAGGGUUUGUUGAUCAAAACGGGGCGGCGUUGGACAAGUCCAAUAUCGUCGGGUUCCGCAAUGCUCAGAACACUCAAAAGUAACAGCCUAGCAGUUUGUUUCCAAAGUGCGCCAACAUUCAUUCCAGUGCCAGACCCAUUUCUGAGCUUGCCAUCAUGGCUUUUUUCUCACUUUCUGGUUACCACCUCUUAUGACAUGCUUCGCUUCAACAACCGGACACACGACGUCUCCGUCUCAGCUCCGAGACCGCCUCGAUGGCCGUGAGGGACCCGUGCCAAUCGCUGCAUAGAGUCGAGAGGAUGAGUCGGAUGAGUGGUCAGUGCGACAGACAUGGCGGUGGCCCUUGAGAUGUGAAUGUUUUGUUGCUGUAUCCAGUGGCAUUGGGCUCUGUUCAAGGCCUACUUUUAGGGACCGGAAGGCCUUUUGACCUGCAGACGUUCCUUGACGAAAGUUUCCACUUCGUGUAUUGCGGACUGGAUCUAUCUCAGACUGGAAAACUCUCCAACCAGCCCUGUCAUAUACUCUCCCUGUCACCCUGGAACACACCGUGUUCCACACCCAGUCUUGUGAAGCAUUGUGAAGCCUUGGUGCGGUCCGGUCUAAGUCCAGAGUCUGCGGUUGUUCAGACAGACAUGAGAGGCGACACCUUUGUUGGGGGCACAACAUAGCUUAAUACCACCUCAAAAAGGAUGUAAGCCCAUUUAAGCUUAGAACUAGAACCAUUUAAGCCCAUUUUAAGUUGGACCGAAGAGUGUGCAGUUUGAGGUUGGUGCCGAAUGCACAGCUGAUGUCUCUUCCUCCAUCACACCCGUCACAUCGCAGAAGUUCAAGAAAUAGGAUGAAACAGGUAAUGCAUGGCAAUGCCUCCAGCUCCCAAGAUUGAAUACUCGUUAUGCUAGGCUGAAAUUGCAGUUCUGCCCAGUGCAAACAUCUCUCACAGACACGAAAGAAGGAGCAAUCUUGAGUUUCAGCUGCGACGAAAAGAUAGCUUUACACCACGUCCACUUCUAAAGAGAUGUAAUUAGAGCCAUUUUCAUUUAGGCCCAUUUUAAGUUGGACUUCAAGGUGUAGAUUCGGGGUGCCAGAGAAUAUCCAGAAUCCUCCUCGCGCGCGUGGAGCCCUUGAGUAUGCUGAUUGUUUCACAUGAAAUAACUACUAAGAUAUGCACAUGUUGCGAGUCAAGCACUGCUUAGCAUGCUGCAACCUCAACACCAGAUUGCAAACCAACUCAUUUGCACCACUACAGCGUUUGAGUGUUUGUUUGUUGCUUUUGAACACGGCUUCUACUUUAACUUCUCCCAAAAACACCUCCUGAAAGCUUGAGCUUCCAAGCGGUCACAGUCGAGCCCCGAACCUGCCUGCCAAGCUGGAUAGGCCAGAGGACACAGAUGUGGGAACUCUGCGAGCCCGUUGGAUAGGCCGUUGGAUAGAUGUGGCACUGGUGCGGUGUGGCAUGAAACCACGGAGACUGGUGACAUGAAACCGCACCGCCGAACCUCGCUUCGCAUAACCUCGCUUUCCUGAAACGGCCAGACGUUGCGGCACGUGAAGCGACCCGUGUUUCACGACCUGUAACGAGUUCACGUUUCGAGUUCACGUCGUAACCACGUCGUAACCUGCUCCCUUGCGAAUCCUGGAGAAAGUGAUACUCGUGACGAGCAACUCGUGAUGAGUGAUGCAGAACGGUUUUGGACCACUCGGGGUACCCACUCCCAAGCUGAUGUCGCGUCUCGUGUGUUUUAGUCUCUUUGGGAUUGUCCUGCAGGCCACUCAACUAGCACCCCCACCCCACCCAGAGAAAAGUAGAGACUGUCCUGACAGCUUGUGCACGAGGCAAAAACACGCACCCGCAACUGAUCGUUGCAUUUGGGUGGGACCUGUCUAAAGGUAACGAGUGGCAUGCCGACUUUGUGCUGCAGCUUUCAUGAUUUCUUUUGGGAGGCCUUUCCAUUGGCCUACCGGUCGACAGCAUCCCGUUUUCGAUGAACAUUUCCGGAGCACGUUGACGGGUAGGCUGGGCAACCAAGAGACCCCAUUUGGGAUCCUGAUCAAGAUCUGAGGUGGGCUCUGCAUGACGGAAAUGCCGAUCUCCAUCACACAUCUUUCAUUUGGAUGACAGGGUGUUCAGGUAGGUCCAGACAGGUCUGGUUCUGGUCGCCCAGGUUAUCAUUCAAGGAAAGGCACUGGUUGCAUCAGUGCAUCAGAGUUGAUCUGAGAGGUUUGGGCGAAAACCUCAUUUAAGCAGCGGUCAACACUUCCCAAAUAACAAUUAUUGAGUUAGACGUUAAUGAGUCUUCGCGAAAGCUGAGGCAGUCGCGAAAGAUUCGUGAAAGAUUUCGCCCACUUUUCAUGCGCGAAAGCUUGCGAAAGCUUCUGCAAAAGCUUGCAAAAUCAGUUCCGUCCGCGAAACCUUGCAAAGGUGUCUGCACAGAAUUUUCACCACAUGAAAGCCAAAAUGUCAGGUGCGAAAGUGUUGCGAAAGGAACUUGAAAGAAGAGCCCAUUACAAAUUAUCCGAUAGGUGUUGAAGAAUGCUCAUUUGAUGGCCAGAAGAAACGAUCGUCAGACAGAGCGAUAGAGGUCAGACAGAGCUGGUCGUAGGCGGCCCUUCCGCGAUGGGCUUUGGACACGGCAAGACUCUGACGCUCCUGGAGCCUCGUAUAUGAAGGGGUUUGGGGUCGAACUAGGCCAAGGACUAUUUGGAGCGUUUGGGUAGCAAGACUAUCACAUUUUGCUCUCUUGGCCCUGCCACAGGAGCCCAGCAGUUUUUGAGUCGCAAGCAGUUCUGACUCCCUGCCCAAGCGAUGCAUGUUCUGACACCUACCUGUAAUACCUGCUUUGUAAGCAAUGGCUAGUUCAAGCACCCUUGCCAGGAAGGAGACAACCCUUUCAAGUACUCUUGGGUGCGGUUUUGCAGCUUCUGAUACUUCCUUGCUUUUCUGGAACUUCGAGCCGGAUGACCUCAACUCUUCAGCCAAUCCAGGCGUCCGCCCUGCUCGGUCGUUGCCCCUGUUCGAUCCAGCAGUUUCUCUGGCCAUCCGUCGUCUUAGACUUUGUUCGUUGACAAAUGCUUGCGACGCGACGGCCUCCCCAAGCAGACAGCAUUGUUUCAGGCGUAAACCGACGAUGGCGUUUUUUCUGGUCUCGUGUUGCUGGCCUGUGUUGAACAUAUAGGGCCUUGUUGUUGGUCACGGGCUAAAAAUCGUUUCUUUCGCUUGCUGACAGACCCGAGUAGUGCACAUGUGGGACAAUCCGACGAAGAUGGAUCUUGGAUGGCCUUUCCUCCACCCUUCCUCUCCUAGCACCUCUUCCAACGCAGCUUCGUUUGGGGUUCUACCAUGGACCAACUCCUCUAUCCACCAAAACAACACCCCCAAGUCUCGGUCUCCGUUGGGCACUUUCAAGCAGUCACGGAUCACUUUGGGAGGACGUCAUAGCUUCGAUCCGUUGGGCUCGCCCUCCGAGUCCGAUGUGACCCAUGCGCUGCGAGCGUCACCUACCUGAGGUUUGACCCACGGCCCACUGCAGCUCAGUUACAUGAUUGAAGAUCGCAUUGCGAGCAGCAAAAAAGACAUCCUCUAAAGGCCCUAGAAAGGCCCCAAAUUUACUAAAGGAUACUAAAGGACCUUUGGACCCUGGUUGUGACUUGAGGGGUCAAACCCAUCAUCGGCUGCCUAUAGGGUUCUUCAGCGACCUUUAAGGACGGACACAUCCCUUUUUCAGGCCAUGCCGAGUGGACCAUCCUCCCCGACCACCGGCAUGGCCACCGGCCAAUGCCGCGGGAGACUCCAGGGGGGCACCUGAUCGAGGCGCACAGGAGACCUCGACCGAACGCCGGCGGUUCGCGGCGGUUCGCUUGACCGGAUCGACCCGAUCGAUCACUGAUGGACCGGACCAGCGAACCAAUGCGCUCCAUGCGCACGGUUUCUCUCGGCUGAAGCGAUGAACGCGGUGACUCCGCUGGCAGCGAUGCUGCGAUGCCGAGGAGUGCGAUGCCGAGUGGUGCGUGCGAAAGAAAGGGGGAGGGAGGGUGCGCUGGAAGAAGGGUUCGGUGGUCUUUUUGCGGGGUAACUCCAUCUACCUCCCCCCGAAUCAUGCCAAUCUGCAACUGAAUCGACCAAGGGCCUUUGGAUGCCUCAAACACGUCGUCCCAGGUUCGCCCCCUCCAAAACUACUCGGAAGUUAUUCGGUUCCCAUGGGUGACGGGCGUUGCUCGGUGAACGUAGCGGUUGCCUUAGAAGGGUAGAGAUCUUCUUGGGGAAAGAAGUGGGUGUGUAUUAGAAUAGGGAGGCCCCCGAAAGAUCCUUUAGAAGAAGGAAGAUAUACCACACCAAGUAGAUGUUCACCAGCUAAUUGUCGAUCCUGUUUCUGCCCUCAUGAAUACAACAACUGUUUACGAAGUCUUUCGAGCACCUGGCUUGUAUAGUAGCGCAGUAUCCAUAUAUAUAUAUGUAUACUUGAAGCCAGAGCCAACAUGUUACAUAUUGUCAUUACAUGUCCCUGAGCAUCCUGUGUGGGUGUCCAAUGGAGAUCCCUAGGUAGUGUCCUGGAUGUCCUGGUCAUUUACUACAUCAUUUCUUUCUGGGUCAGAAGGAUUUCGCGACGUCUUGGGCCUUGGAUUCAGGAUCCUUGAAGGCGGAUGUCCGGUUCGGGUGAACAGCGAUAAGGAUUGGAAACUCAAUGGACUUUGCGCCACGCAGAUGUUUGUUUGGGACCACUUUCUAAAGAAUAUCCAAAGAAUGAGUAGCCUGGUAACCGCAAUACACACCGAAAGCGAGAACGAAAGACGCAGGAGGGUCCAAGACUGCACCGCGCCGCGGCCCACGUGGCACCGGUGCUGGGGUGGGACGUUUUGUGGCAGAACAGAAGCUCAGAGCCCCCUCCCCUUCAACAGAGGUCGUUUUGUUCGCGAAACGGAGAGUUUUGCCCUUCAAACGGCCAGUCCGCAAGUCCGGGAAGGCAUCCCAUCAGGUCUCAGGUUCGUCGCAUCGCACUGUAUCUUCAGAAAGUUGAAGUUGAAGGGUGAGCCAGGGUGAGCUGGACCUUUGCAAUGGGCCUCAAGGACUGCACUACACCCGGAAAUGAGACCCAUCGCUCUUAGGUUGGAGGCCAUCGCUACUGUAGCAGGGUGGAGGCCAUUGCUCUUGAGUUGGAGGCCAUCGCUCUUAGGUUGGAGGCGGUUGAAGGAUUUAGGGUUUAGGGUGUAGGGUGCCUUCAAGGACUGCACACGGGAAGAGACACCGCAAGGCACCCGAAAAUGGACCUGCAACAAGAAAAAACCCUCGAUUUUCCUGUGCCAACCGCGCAGCGACACGUGUCAGGUUUCCGGUCUCGGUACCCCAAAAGCUAUACAGCUUUCUGCCGUUCUCGCUCCAAAGGCUGUGGCUCACAGUCAUGUCAUACUUCAGUCCCAGAGGUUUGCCAGUCCAGUCCACGUGCGAUGAGAUGUAGCGAUGCCGCCCUGGCCGCGGUGUCCCUGUUCUGCGUACUCCUCCGCGGAGUGGCUGAGAAGAAGAUCAUGCGAAGACAGACGGUGCUGAUGGCCGCGGGCUUCGAUGGGAGGAUGGCGCAGCUGUGGAAUUUGCCAGAGGAUGCGGAGAUGCCAGUCGAAUCCAAGUUCUACCAUGUGGCCUUCCAGAUGGAUGGCCGCUUGAUGUGCUGGCAGAGGGAAAGCGAUGGAUGUCGACAGUUCCGGGGCGAAUGUGAUGUGAAGUACUGCGACCCCUACGCCUGUGAUUGCAUGGUUCUGAAGAUAAAGAAAUGUGGAGAUCACUUCGACCUCUUCACCGAAGCCGACUGGGACGCCGAUCCCACCCGCACGGGUCCCUUGAAGACCAAGUUCUGGCGCGCCGUCCGUGUUCAGUACUACGACCCCUCCAAGUGGAGUUCGGACAGCAGCCACGAUGUGGGAAAGGUGCUGGAGACCACCCUCAGCUGUAUGGACGAGAAGGGCUGCGGCUGUCAUGACAGUCGAUGGUUCCACUGGAGCUAUCCAGACAUUGGUGGCAAUAUCCACUGGGCUCCGGAAGGCAACAAGACCAUCGGCCCCUCGGGGAGCCCGGGCGCACGGGCGCUGGAGACCGUGGUGGUGAGAGCCUACAACGAUGCCGGCCAGGCUAGCAACAUGUACUUUGUGCAGAAGGGCGUAGAGCUCGCACCGACGACCACGACAACCACUACCACGACGACCACUACCACGACGACCACAAAGACCACGACGCGAACCAGCACCACAACCACAGUCACGACGAUCACGGACACGAGCACGACGAGCACCACCCAGACGAAAGAGACCAAGGAAGGUGAAAAGGCUGCGACGUCUACCUCGACAACCACAUUGACCACUACAACAGUCACAGGGACCACGACGACCCUGACCACCACGACGCUGACCACAACGACAGCCACCCAGACGACCAGCACCAAGACGACGACCACCAAGACGACCAGCACCAAGACCAGCACAGCUGCCAAAGGCACGCAGAAAGAAAGCACCAAGAAGGUGUCAAAGAAGAAGCGGAGAAAAACCAAAGGAAGAAACCAAGAAGAGAAAGAAGAAGCUGCAGAUGAUGAGGCCGCAGGCGAAGAACCUGGAGAUGGGGAGGGUGCAGAUGAAGAAGGAUCAGAAGAAGAAGGAGGAGAAUCGGAAGAAGGAGAAUCGGAAGAAGGAGAAUCAGCAGGUGGAGAAUCAGCAGGUGGAGAAGAGGAAGGCUCUGAAGAAGGGGAACCUGCAGAAUCCUCUCCACAAGAGCGCGGCAAAGCCGGACGGAAGACAAAAAACACCACGACAGAAAGCCCUAUGACCACUAGCGGCACUAGCGAUGAGGCUGAUGAGGCUGAUGAGGAGGGACCUGACGUGGAUGUGGAAACCACAACCGCGGAGCCAGAGAAGCCAGAGAAGCCAGAGAAGGUGAAAGGAAGAAGACAUAAAAAGACGACAACCACCAACCAGAUGGAUUCUGACAGUGACGGUGACGGUGAAGAAGAGGAGGACGAGGAGUCCACCACCAAGCGCCCGACCAUCAGCGACGAUCAGCGCCGCAGGGCCAGCGCAACGACCACCACCACCACCACCACCACGCGCUCCACGACCACCAGCACCAGCACCACCAGCACCAGUACCACCGUCACGACAACGAAGUCGAAGGUGAAGAAGAAGAAGCAUAAGAAUCAAAAGUCCAAGACCAGCACCACUCCAGCAUCCACAACGACCACUACCACAGACACUGUCACAGUGACGACCGUCACGGUGACCACCAGCACCCUCACGAGUACGGCGACGAGCACCAGUACGGUGACGACCACCAUUCCGGUGACCACCACGCGGAACAAGACCGAGGAGAAGUUGGUGAAGCAUGCUGGAGACGAAGCACAAAAGGCUGCCAAGGACUUGGGCAUGUCGGACGCCAAAGCGGCGGAGACGGCCGCGAGGGUGGCCGGCUUGGCGGCGCAAAAGGCGGCGGUGGCCUCGGGGAAGAACGUGGAAGAGGUGGCCAUGGCGGCAGCAGAGGCUGCCUAUGAUGCCGGCAAGGCGGCCGGGAUGCGCUUGAACUUCACGGCCGCCGAGGCCGCGGCGGCCGCCGCCGCGGUCGCGGCCGCGGAUCAGACGGCGUCCGAGGGGAAGGGCAACGCGGAGAUCGUCAAGGCGGCAGCUGACGCGGCGCGUAAGGCGGGCAUCACCUAUGGCAUGACGCCCGCGCAGGCAGCGGCGGCGGCCGCCACAGCAGCCGGGCUAGCUGCAGUCAACGCUGAUGCUGUAAAACCCUCAGGGCGAACGGCGUCAAGCUCAACGACCGCAUCCACGACCUCACCAACGACCACACCGACGACCACGCCAAGCACAUCCACCACUCCAUCCACCACGCCCACCACCACGCCCACGACCACGCCCGCGACGACGGCCACCACCUCCACGAAGUCCAAGAAGGCCAAGAAGAAGGCGAAGAACGCGAAUCAAAGCUCCGCCACCGAAGCCACCACCAAACCCGAGAUGACCACCACCAGUGGCACCAGUGUUCCCGGUGAAGAGGGCGAGGUGACGACCAGCGGCGAUGUCGGAGAUGAGUCUGAAGAGGCCACAACGACCGGUGGAGGAGAAGAGACUGCUGGUGGGAUGGAGGAAGAUGUCUCCACCACCGGUGCUGAUAGCCUUGGUGCAAACAAUGAGGGAACCUCUACCACAUUGGGAGCAGGUGAUGUGCUAGGUGGAAGCAAAGACGAACAAGGCACUACCACGGUGGGAGGAGCUGAUGUGCCAGAAGGGAAUCAUGACCAAACGACUUCCACAACAGGAAUAAUCAAUGAUGGAGGAAAUAUAGAAACAGAAAUGACUACGACGCAGGAAACCUUUCCAACUUGAUGAUCUUGAAAGAAAAGAACCAACAUAACUAAAACACAAUUUGUAGAUCUUUGGG